UCAUCGGCUUCUCUUUUCCUUACAGAUGCAAAACUCGAAUUAAUCUCUUCUGACAAGACUCCUUGUGGCAAAAGUUCAGUAAAUUACAAUGUCACUCUAGCGAAAGGCGCAAAGGCGGGAACAUACUACAAAAUGGCAACGGUUGACAAAAUGGACGACUGCAUAGGGCACUGCUGCGGCUCUAAGAGAUGCGACGUCGCCUUUAUGGUGAAUAAGAACUGUUAUUUAGUAAAAUGUCACAACUCAGACUCUUGCGAACUCAAGCGGUCUGAAAAUUCAAAGUUUGACACAAUGCUCUCCAUGGUUUCAAAAACAAAAGGGAAAACGAUACAAGGUAAGCGGCAAUAUGUUCAACACAUUACAAGCGGCACCAGUCUCUUUUCUUCCUUCUACUGGCCCAUUAUUUGAUCUUCGGGAGGUUUUGCGAUACACGUAUUUCUAAUAAUGAUUGUGACCACACAGGACCAACUAACCUGGUCAUAAUAACUUUGAUCGAAGCAGUAUUGUUAUUUUAUGAUAAAGUGGAAGCCACGAGAACUGUUUAUCUAAAUGAACUAAAAACUGUCAUUAAACAGUCUUUUAAGUUGGAUAAUCUCAGAGCAAAUUUAUAGGACCAUCAAAUAAGAGCUAGCAAAAGGUAUGGGGUCAAUCAAUUUGCUUGACUUUUUGUAUCUAGAGAACUUUUUACAGCUUUAGUUUUCUACUUUUUUUUGCUUAGGGGAAAGCAAAGCCGAGCCCGCAGUGGAGGAAAACCUUCAAGAGAAGGCAUCAGGAACAGAGACUACCGAACCUUUUAUUGUAGAUAAUAAAGACGACGAUAUGACAACAGUUACUGCUUUUGGGGUAAGUUUUUUAUUUACUUGAUUAUGUAUUCCAAGACCUGGCUCCUCUCAAAAAUAAAUCAAUGCUUAAAUAUUUAUAGUUUUGCGUUUGAUCAGUGGAGCAUUCUUUAACUCGUCGUACCAUGUGAUUCUUAAGGUAGAUUUCUACUGUCGCGUAAUUUACGUAUUUAAUUUUAUGCCCUUAAAAAAAGUAGAGGCACUGUAUGAAAGCCGCAAGUGAACGAGAAAGUUGAGCGAAGUUCAACCUUUACCUUUACGCGUGAUGUUCCAUACUUAGUUCUAAUUUAUUUACGCGCGUAGAAUUUACGUGCGCACGCAAGGAAAAAUUACGCGACAGUGGAAAUCCACCCUAAGUUUAAAUUCCACCUAGUUAUCCAAAGGCGGCUCACAACUUUUCGCUACGAUUUUCAGACAAUUUUGUAAAACUUUGUACAAUGAAUUUCCUCUCAGCUCUCCUUUUAGUAAGCACCUGUAGACAAAAAUGAAAUUGCAUAUUGGAUUGCUGGGCACUCCGUAAUAAAAUGCAACUUCUAAUAAAACUUCUAGCAUUUGAUAACUUGUUUCAGUCACUACGAACUAAUUUUCGCUAAAACCCGUAGUAGAAUGACUGCGAUGGCUAUCGCGUUUUCCCGCCAAAAUGACGCUACGUCACGUGUGUGCACUACUAAGCAUUGAGAAAAUCUCGGUCUCGUAGUCGUCCACGUCUUAGAAUCCAAAGUCCUCUCUAUUCAUGAAAUACUAAUGCAUCUUUUAUUGCUAGACUGGAAAGACGAAACGAUCCAAGCGGUCCUCUGAUAUAAUUGACAUGGUCGUAGCCGUUGGCUGUGGUACUGUAGCAGUAGCAGUUGGUGUAGCUGGAGUCAUUGUAAUGACGAGACGUUUGAUUGAAAACAACAAAGCGUGACCUGUUUUCUGAUCCUUCCUCUUUUCAUAGACUUAAGUGUGACACCGGAACGGAAGGAACAUUUGUGUGUUUUCAAAAAAAGAAAGAAAGAAAGAAAUGGAAAGAAAAGUAUACGUAUAAGCAAAGGAAUCAAGAAAAUCACUUUUCAACAUCAAACCAAGGAAAGUUAGUAAGAAGUAUCUUUAGGACGGAAAGGGAAAAAAACCCAACUUUUGCAAAUAAUCUCUCUCCCAAUUUGUCUUCUUUUUCUUUCUAUCUUCUUAAAGAGUUUGUUUUCUUUCUUUGCGUUUGCAAGAAGUAGAAGCUUUAAACGCUUUUUGAAAACGAUUUUGGAAAUGUCCUUUUGUGGAUAUAUUUUAUUCGACAUCAUAUGGCAUGGCGUCGCAAGGAAAAGGUGGGAGUAAAGACCAAUGUAAACUUUUAAUAUUUGACAAAUAGACCUUUAUCACAAUAACCUCUAUUACACUUUGCACGUGCUUUAUGAUUAAUGGGAUAAAAGCAACGUCACGUGAUAUUUCAGGGGCAGACUAGUGAUAAAAUAGUUACUAAAACGAGUGACAAUGGUCGAGUUUGUUGAUUCUCUCAAAACGAGACGACGAUUUUAGUCUUGCAAAAUGUACGGUUCGAAUUCCGACAAGUUCAGUAGGUCGUUACUGCUUGUUUUGAGAACAUCUACGUUCACUACUGCAACCAAACAGGAAUUUCUUCAUUUUUUGUUGUCCAGAAUAAACAAACGCGGCUGCGAUUUCUUGUA